AACCGAUCCACGGCCAUCGCGACAUGCAGCUCUUGGUGUGGGUCGUGGAUGGAGUGCACGCAGUCCUUGGCCCGAUCCUGGUGUGUGGUGUGCUGUCGCUGCUAGCGUUCCUCGUGGGUUCGUUCUACGUUGUCAUCUUGCCCCACGCAGCCGCGACAUUUGCCUGGCCGAUUGGAUGGGUUGGAGCGUACUUGUUCGUCCAAGUGAGUGUGCACUACGUCCUCUGCGUGUGCACAAACCCAGGUCGUCUCGUGGAUGUCAACCCGCCGAGCGAAGGGUUGAGAAAUGAUGACGACAAUGCAGACCCCAAAGCCGACCUGGCGCACCUUGGCAUAUGCCGCCACUGUGACGUUGCCAAACCGCCUCACGCGCACCACUGCCAUGCAUGCGGCGUUUGCGUCCUCGACCUGGACCACCAUUGCGUUUGGGUGCACAACUGCAUCGGCCGGUUCAAUUACUGCUACUACUGGCGCUUCCUUCUCUUCACGUGGCUCACUUGCUUUUUCGUCGCACUGGUGUCGUAUGUCGCAAUUCACGCGGAUAGACAUGACACGACAUUCUCGACCUUCGAUUUGCACGUCCGGUUGCCGUACGCUCUGUGCUUGUGCAUUGGGUUGGUCGUGUUGGGGUUGUGGCUCUGGCAUGUCUACAUCGCCCUGGCAGGCGUGACGACGUUGGAGGCAAUCAUUCGAUAUCGCACACGUCAAGCCACCAUUCCUUUGACAUGGGCCAUGAUGCAGCGCAACGUUCGCCAAAAGGUGGGCUCGCUGUGGGACUCUCUUGUCCCUCCGAUUGCCACGGUAUUCGCAAAGAGAAAGUUUGGCCUGCCGUCGAAGCAUUCCGCCGCCCAGUACGAGUGCGUCGCAUGAUACGGAGUUAUCCACACUCAGGGCCAUGAGCACGUUGUUUAUAUACGUCGACUCAACAUCGCUGCGCGGACUUGCCCUCGAAGAAUGAAACUCCGUCAUGAACAGAUCCAUGCGUGAACAGGUUCGGAUGAUUCACUGCACAUCCUGGUACAUGGAGGACGAGGCGUGUGAUGACCUGGCGCCUGCGACGACACACGUGCGUUGCCUACCGCGAAAACGAAUGUCUACGGCUUUUGCGGUGUUUUCG